AUGAGCAAUAGAUAUAAUCAUGAUGAAUAUAGCUUGAGAAGAAGUAUCAAUAAUACGCUUAGAAGUAAAUCAAGUUUUUUAAAUAAUCGUGAUGAAAAUAAUCAAAAUAUUACUUUAAAAAAAUUUGUGCCAAAUAUAGAUAAUUUGAAAAAUGAAAAUAAUGUAAGAAAAAAUGAUAACGAUAAUAAAUUUGAAGAAGAUGAAGAAGGCUUAAAUAACAAACAUCUUGAGCAGCUAAUAAAAAAAACGAUAAAUAUUGAUUUAGAAAAUGAAGGUAUAUCUACAAAAACUACAAGCAAAAAUAAAUAUAAUAAUAAAGAAUAUCCUUCUCAUGCUAUUGACCCAGCGACGUUAAAUAAUAAUGUAAAUUUAUUAAAUAUAGAAGCUUUGAAUUUAUGUAAAGAAGAAAGUUUAGAAAAAAAAAACAAAGUCAAAACUUCCAUUGAUAUAUAUGAAUUAAAUAAUAUAAGUAAAAAUAUUUUCUACAAUAAAAAAUGUGCAUCGGGUGAUGUACACUUUUUACCAUUAACAUUACCAUUCUUUAAUAAAAAUGAAAAACAGAAAAAAAUAAGAAAACUACUUCUAGAUAAGGAACCUUUCUUUUUUUCUAUCCAAUUACCAAAUAUGUUACCUGCUCUUUUAUCAAAGGAAGAGGAAGAACAAAAUGGUGAACAAACAAAAAAUGAUACAAAACAAAACGAUCAAACAGAAAAAAAUGAGAAAAAGAAAAAAAGUAUAAUUAAUAAAUCUUCUACGAAUGAUUCUUAUCAACUUAGCAAUAUCCAUACAAUACCAAAUGGAAAAUUUGCAAAACUCAUUAUUUAUAAAAAUAAAAAAAUUAAAAUGAAAAUAAAUGAUAUAUUGUUUGAUAUUAAUGAAGGAUCCGCUUGUACCUUUUCUCAAGAAAUUGGAUGUUUUAUAAAAGAAAAUUCAGAAUUUAUUUUUUUAGGUAACUGUGAUUAUAAGUUAGUAGCAACACCAAAUAUUGAAAGGAUAAUACAUAAGAAGUAA